GCUCUAUAAUAAUUCCAAUUUUGCCAUUAUCAUUUAAUCUCAGAAAGGAUUAGAGUGAUUAACAAUGAUUCCCUAAAAGCAUGAAGACCUUAAGUGCUCACAGGUUACAAAAAUUACCAUGUCUGUCAAGUCCAAAAGCCUCUGCUCAUGUGCUAAGUGUGAGGGAGGAGAGAAGGAGGAAGAGAGAUGAGAGCAAAAGUAGUAGUGACGAGUGCAGAUGGAAAAGGAGAGCCGAGGAAGUGGAGAGGAGUCUGGAUGGAGUCUUGUCUGGAGCUCUGCGUGGAGCAAUAGCCAGCUCAAGUGAGUCUGAGCAGUCCAGUGGCAGCAGCCAAAGUGACCUGCAGAGCCUGUAUGACUCGGACACACCCGUUAGACACCACAGCAGUCAAAAAGAUGCCUUCGAAUUAAAAUACAAACAGACCCUUUGCCUGAGUCAGGGUGGAUAUGGCACUGUAUACGCAGGAUAUAGAGUGGAGGAUUCACUGACAGUGGCUAUUAAACGUGUGCCAGAGGCGAAGGUGGUCAAGACAUCUGUGGUUUUAGAUGGGAAGAGUCAGCAGUUCCCAUUGGAGGUGGUGCUCCUGCUGAUGGUGUCCAAUAGUGAGGGCAGUAUGGAGAGCAGUGGGGCCUGUACUCAGCUGCUGGACUGGUAUGACCUUCAGCAUGAGCUGGUGUUGGUAAUGGAGAGGCCAGUUCCCUGUCUGGAUCUGUUUGAUUACAUUCAGGAGAGAGGAGGGCGCCUACCAGAGGAUAAGGCCAAGUUGAUUCUGAAAGAGUUGGUCGAGUUGAUGGACAAAGUUCACUCUAAAGGAGUGCUACACCGUGACAUCAAACCUGAGAAUAUUCUGGUCCUUACUGGCAAUGAGACACUGCAUCUACGCAUAAUUGACUUUGGCUGUGGAUGUUUUCUCAAGACUGAAGCAUAUACCGAAUUCUAUGGCACCGUGCAGUACACUCCUCCAGAGUGGUAUCUGCAGGGGGAGUAUGAGGCCCUGCCCUUGUGUGUGUGGCAGAUCGGUGUGCUUCUCUACGACAUGCUGUGUGGGGAACAUCCCUUCAAUUCACGAGCAGACACCAUCAGCCGGGAGCCUUACAUUCCUCAGCACCUGUCCAAAUACUGCCAGGACCUGAUAAGACGCUGUUUGACUAAGCGUCCAAAAAGCCGGCAAACUCUUGAUGGCCUUCUACAGCAUCCUUGGUUCAGCAUCCAGUGAAGUUCAGAAGUGUAAACAGAGGCACGCGCCUGCGCGCGUGCACACACACACACACACACACACAAACACGCACACAUACACUAACUGCCCAGAGUCUAUGUAUUUUUUAAUCAUGUUUUUAAAAUAUAUGAUAUUAAAGAGUAAAUCUAAAGUACAUUACAAUAUGUGUACAGUAAAUUA